ACCCCAUGUGAAGAAAUUUAUUAUGUUCUGAGCUGUUGGUACGAUCGGUCGAUAAAUGGUGGUGCUCUGUUGUUUUGUGUAGUUUAAAGCUCUACAUAAGUUUGUCAGUAGUUGUGAGCAGAUGGUGCUAGUUAGUUCUGCAGAUGAGAGUAAACUUUUCGUGUAAUUGAAUGUGAUCCUUGUGCCUAAAAUAUCUUGUUUAAAACGAGUAGUUGUUGUCAAAGCGUACUUUUGUGUGAGCAUAAAAAUAGCAUGGAUUUGUUGAAUGCCGAAAUGUUCGGCGACAUUAACACUGGAUCGUGCCAAAAUGUGGAAGACUGCCAGACGCUGUUCCGGAUGAAUACAAACGAUCUGCUACCUCCACCUCAAGGUGGUAACAUAGACGAAAUGUUACUGAAUGAUUUCUUCCGGAACAAUGGUAUUGUUGAUAUGCAGUGCAUCAAAUUUGAAACAGAACCGAAAGCAACACUGUCGACGAUUUAUGGAGAAGAACCACCCAAUCACUACAAGAAAACGCCAAUUCUAGAUGAAUUUAAUCAUCCGUUGCAAAACUUUACCGUUUGCAUAAGCGGAAAACCGUGCAGUGCCUCGUCCUGGUGCUAUUCAGCGGCACUGGAAAAGCUGUUCGUCAAGAAGAAAACUCCUGUUACAUUCGACGUUUCGUUCUCUCAGCCAACCGAAGGCACUUUGAAGCUACGCAUCAUGUUGGUGUACUCUAAUUCACAGUAUGCUUACAAUACAAUCACCAGAUGCCAGGACGACAUAUCAAAAGAUGGCGCUAAAGAUUAUAAGUUCAAAGAGCACGUUGUGCGGUGCUUGAAUCCAGAGGCUCUCUAUACUGGUCGGGAGGAAGGAGUUAACUUCGAGGAUCGGCUAGCCGUAUUCGUCGAUCUGAACAAAGGCGGAUCGCAGAAUCAGCAGGAGCAACAGACUGUACCAGUUUCGCUGGAAUUUUUGUGCCAAAAUUCUUGUCCAACAAUGGAGAGGCGUGCAACGACGCUUCUUUUCACGGUGGAAAAUGAACACGGCACUCUGCUGGGCAGAAAGUCGAUCAGUGUCAAGAUCUGCAGCUGUCCUAAGCGUGAUAUGGAGAAGGACGAAAAGAAAACAUUGGGACGGGAAGGCAACAAAAAUAAACGUAGGCAUGCAAAUGAAACGGUGGUUUCGAGCAGCGAUCAACCACCACGCAAGAUAAGCCGUCAAUCGAGUGUAGAUGUUAAACCUACUUUAAAUACCACCACCAUCUCAACUAAUUCUCGUGCAUCGUCCGCAUCACUGGCGAUGCCUACCUCCUCUAUGAUGGGGCAGGUUAAGCGGGAACCAUCAUUUACAACGCUGGGGCGCUCGUUGAGCACUCUUUCCAACAGUAGCACGGUCGACAAUGAUAGUUCGGCUGUCGUGCUAACUCUGCGGCUGCCAGAUUUUGCCUGCGCGGCAGAUGUAGCGAUGUACGCAUUCAAGCAUUUGAGUUCCAUCCUGGUCAGCUGCAAGGACGAGCAGGAGAAAACUCGAUACGCACAAUACCUCUCCCACUGUCGACGCGUAAGGAAAAAUUUCGAGCGAUCCGCGGAAAAGCAAAAUCAACCUAAUCUGGAUUAUGAUUCUUCUUAAGCAACCUGCUGGAUUCAUCGCGCCAUGCAAAGCCAGGCAGUGCAAUGCAAGAUUGUAGUUAGGUUAGAACGUAGGGUUUCUAUGUGUUAUAAAAAAGUUCUAAUAUUUUAGGAUAGUUUGUGUAAAAGUGCAACUUUUUUUCUGUUUAACGAUUUACAAUAUGCAUCAGCAGUGUGUAUCAUCGUACUUAUGUUGAGUAUCGCUAAGCAUCAGAUGCAGUUCAUGUUAGUAUAUGAGUGUCUUUUUGUUAAACCAGCGAUGAAACAUGCACCUGUAACAGUACAUUCAUGUAAUGACGUAAAAUUAUGGAUUACCAUUCGGUAAAUCUAUGUUCAUUUUUAUUGUUUCCCAUUUCUUAAGUUUACCUAAGAAAAAAGAAAGAGAUUCGUCAUAUAAUCAUUGUUGACAAUGCAAAAAAUGUCGUGGAGAUAACGAUCAAACAAUUAAUGCAUUUGUUUUAAUACAAAGGGCAUGAUUCAAUAUACAUUUAAUUUUAUAUAAUUAC